GUGAAAUUUAAAUAUCAAAUAAGAUUUGUUUCAUACAAGAGAGAAUAGGAGUAUAUCAUAAACACACAUGUCUGAUAAUAAAAUCUACAAUUUUAUUUGUUCACUUAAAAAACGCGAUAUACAAAAUACAUAAACAAUAUUUGCAUACAAUAUACAUUUGAGAAUAGAAUAAUCGUAUCAAAAUUAAUCACAUUGGUGAUGUAAAUUCUAUAUCUAACCACCAUAUGCAUAUCUCUUGGAAACUUAUCCUCGUAUGAAACCCAUAGUUUAAACGAAAAUGAUAAACUUGUAAGAAAAAAAAAAAAAAAAUUGGAAAAAGUAGGAGGUAGAUAGUUCGAAGAUAAAAGAUUGUAGUACGACGACGUUAGAAGCGUUUUAUUUGUUAAAAUGGAAUGAGCUAGUAAGACUUUGAAAGAGAUCGAAAGACGCGCGCUUGAAGAAGGAAGAUUUUUUGUGAUUGUGUCGCCCUCGUGAUUAAUAUAACUUACGUUUAGUUCGGUCAAAGUUUGCUUAUGCGUUUACGUAUAUAUAUAUAUAAAACUAUUUCUUACAUCUUUGUUGGUGGUGGUGGUGUAUCUGCUGCUUGCUCGUGUUGUAUGUAUACAAGCGCGCGUUCGCGCGCACGAAUUCACGCACGCACUUACCACGUUAAUUCUGUCGCCCUCUUUUCGUCUCCUGCGCGCGUGUAUUUAUAAACGUGAAAUGGUGAAAUGGCACGAGCACUCGGUUGCUUACGAUAUCUUCUAAUCGUUGGUACCAUCGUUCUUGGCAUUUCAGGAAUAGUAGCUUCAAUCUUCGCAGGAUUUUUUUUGUAUCAAUUAGCCGAAUACAAACAACUUACACCUGACAAUGUUUAUGGUCCGUCAAUUACUCUCUUGGUUUUGGGUUUAUUCACAUGUGCCGUAGGUUGGUUGUCAUGGCAUUUUCUUGAAUUUACGCAAAAGAGUCAAGUGAUACUAUUUGUUAUAAGUUUGACGAUAAUUGGUAUAUUUGAAAUAACUGGUGGAAUAUGGGCACUUGUCAGACACGAACAAUUAGAUUUUCUUCCGACUGCACGUCUUGGAACAGUAUUUGUAGCUAAAGACAAUCAACAAUUAUGGGAACACAUACAAACCAAGUUUCAAUGUUGCGGUAUGGACGGACCAACCGAUUACCGUGGACAAAAUUCGGUACCGUGGUCUUGUUGCGACACAUCAUUGUCUUUAAAAUCAAACAACGAUAAAUCCACUUGUACUUCCAUAUAUGCCAGAGGUUGCCAUCAUGUGAUGAUAAGUCGUGCCAGAUCGAUUUUAUUACAUGUGUUUUUACUCAGUCUCGGUGCAUUAUUAUUAAAAAUUUGUCUAAUAAUAUGUUCAACGUGUUAUGUGAAAGCAUUUACGGAAAGUAUAGAAAGAAGAAGACAUGAUGCGUUGACACGCAGAAUAUCCUCCCAAGUGAUAUAUCAAGCAGAUAAUAAUUCAAAACUUUUGAAUCGACAAUCGUCAUUAAACGAAACGACGUAGUAAUAUAUUGUUUGAUAAAAAAAAAAUAAUAAAUAAAUAAAUAAAUAAAUAAAUAAUUCAAUUGUGUGUAUGUUCCGCCGAUCAAAUUAAUGAAAAGUAAGUAAGUAAGUAAGAUACACAUGUGCAGUUGUGAGAUCGUUUUUUUGGCAAACGGAUUAUGGUUGAGAUUUUAUCAUGCGAUCGAUUUUCUCAAUGAUAAGAUAUUGUUCAAAAAAUAUGACUAAAAAUGACUCACCAGAAGAUGAGAGUUACCAAUAUGACGCAAUGUGAUGAAAAUAAAAAAAAAAAAAAAGUAAAAAAGUAACCAUUUACGAAAUAAAGAACAUAUUUUCUAUGA